CUUAAAAGUAGUAAUUUCAACAAGUUUCAAUCAAUUUUCAUUAUUUUGUUUAACGAAAAUGUGCGAUUUUUUAUGUUGAUAUAUACUUCUGUUUAUGUAUGUCUAACAUCUUUAAAAAGGUGGCAACAUACGCAUUUUCGUUGGUUAUUGAUUAAAUUAAACUAUAUUGAGUGGAAAUUUAUACAGUUUUUCCACUUUCAACCAUUAAUUGGUGUAGAAAACACACAACUCGUUGAAUAUAAAUCAUAUCAAACCACAAACCAUGGGAGAUUCUUUUUAUUACAUGUUAAUACCCCCCUCCCCGGUUAUUCAGGAAAUUUUGCUUCCUGACAUUUUGCAAACUAAAUACGUUUGUGACAUCAAAAUCAGCGUAGGAAAACAUAGUAUAUAAGAAAUGAAAUUCAUGGGUGAUAUCCACUGGGUAAAGGAGUAAACAUGUGAUAAAUAAACAUAUCUAUACACCAAUAAUUAAGAAAAUGAACAAAUUACAAAAAAUCAUCAAUAAUUAAAAAACAACGCGCAAAGUUUGGAAUUUAACAUAGCACUUGCAGCUAAGCCGCUAUGACAAAAAUCAUAAUUCCUGUCGAUGGACUUAAAAACGCAGAUCUGCAAUCCAUGAAUGCCUCCGGGUUGAUUUGCGUCUCAGCGACCUCUAGUGGAUUCUCAGUCUACACAGAAUCCCCAGUCUACAGUCUGUAUGUGAACAGGUAGAGGAAGAAAGAUAACUCUAUCGAUAUUUUCACCUGACAGCAAGUCAUUACAAGAAUGAAAUGUCUAAAUAUAGUAUCUACACCUUAUAACCAUUGACUAUAAAAGAAGAACACCGACCACAGACUGACAAUUCAUGAUGAGCAGACGGACAGGGAUGAAGCGAAAAGCUGCAGAGGCUGCUGCAACCAAAGCCAAGAGGGCCCGAGGAGAGACCGACCUAAGUGACGGGCUGAAAUGGUCCCAGCACGGAGAGGUGAUGAAAGGGGUGUGUCCUCUCCUGGCCCUCACUUCACCAACCCUACCUGGUUGUGAAAAAGUAGUGGGGUUUGACAUCGAUUUCACUGUCAUCAAAACUGCAAGCGGGAGAAGAUUUGCACAAGGGUCCAGUGAUUGGGAAUGGUGGGACGACUGUGUCCCCCAGAAGCUGAAGGACCUACACUCCCAGGGCUACAGGGUAGUCUUCUUCACAAAUCAGGCUGGCAUUGAGAAGCUCAAAACCAAACCAGAAGACAUUAUGAAGAAGGUGGAAGACAUGAUAGCAGAACUGGGCAUACCAGUACUGUGUUUUGUAUGUACUGGGAGCAACCAUUACAGGAAACCCAGUACAGAAAUGUGGAACUUCUUUGUAGAAAAUGCAAAUGGAGGAGUGAAAGUAGACUUGAAGAAGAGUAAGUAUGUAGGGGAUGCUGCUGGGAGGGCGAAGAAUUGGGCACCUGAUAAACCCAAGGACUUCUCCUGUAGUGACCGGAUGUUUGCAGCUAAUAUCGGUAUAGAUUUUGCCACUCCAGAGGAGUUCUUCUUGGGCGAGAAGCCAGCUCCAUUUCAGUGGGGCUCCCCUGACCCCAACCAAUAUUUUCAAAGUAAUAAACCUUUACCAGGUGGCAAGGACUACAUGUCCAAGACUUUAGAAUUAGUAAUGAUGGUUGGUUGUCCAGCUUCAGGGAAAAGCACAUUUAGGAAGAGAUACCUUGAGCCACAUGGAUAUGUUGCAAUAAACAGGGAUACCAUGGGAACAAUGGAUAAGUGCUUGAAGGCUUGUAAGGAGGCUCUCUCCAAAGGAAAAAGUGUGGUCAUUGACAACACUAAUCCGACACCAGAUGCCAGAAAACCCUUCAUCCAAGUAGCAGAGAAGCAAGGGGUUCCAUGUCGGUGUUUUGUGAUUAACACUCCUCUGGAACUGGCCAAACAUUUGAACUAUGUACGACAAAAUCAAACCAAUGGAGAUGUCCGGAGAAUUCCAGAGGUGGGCUACAACGUGUACAAAAAGAACUUCAGUGCACCAACGAAGGAGGAGGGAUUCUGCAAUAUAAUACAGAUAGACUUCAUUCCAAAGUUUGACUCCAAGAGAGAUGAAGCUUUGUUUAAGCAGUGGACUAGUGCGGAGCGCUGAUGGGAGUGUGUCAUUUGAAAUCCAGUGUUAAAUGUCGUUUUAUUUUUUACACCACUGAGUGGCAUUUGUGUCACGUUUUCAUCCUUAAAUCAUUCCCCCAUAUUUGUUACCAGAACCAUUAUAUGUGUAGUGUGACUUUGUAUUUUUAAAGGAGUAAGUGCAUGUCUAUAAAUCUAUUUGUAUUACGGGGAAUGAAAAUAGUGGAGGCAUAGCGUAAUUUGUAUAGUCCGCAAAGACAUAGUAAAACAACAUAGUAAUUCAGCAAAUUCGAUUAUGCUUCCAUUCUUUUUAUACCCAAUUCUCUUCUAAUACAAUUUUUUAAAAGACAUUUAUUCCUUAUAAUUAAACUUUGUUAUUUAGCUUGUUUUUGUUUGAAAUACAUGUAGGUAUUUGUGUUCAGUUUGAAAGAAAGGACACUUAGGUGUCUAUUGAAACAUUGCUAAAUUGUUAAUGUAAAAAUACAUUGUAAAAAUUAUUAUGUAUUGUACUCGAUAUUAUAUAACUUACACAAAGACCAAACUUUUGUUUACAUUGUCACUGUAGAAAUCUACAUUGAUUGUAAUCAUUCAAGCCCACCUGCUUUCCACAGCAGUGCAUUUAUGUAUUUGUUCAGUAUCCAGCUCGCUUUACAUGUAAUAUUUAAAUUCAAUAUUCUGUUGAAGAUUAAAUGUGAAAGACUUUGGAUCAUGAAACCUGUUAAGGGUAUAUCAUUUCAGUACAAUACCAACGUCAUGAAAAUCCAAUGCAUUACAGUGACAUUGUAGUGUAAUCCAUUUUCUAAUGUUACACUCACAUUUAAUAAAUACUCAGCAUAUGUAAACUUCAUACUGUACAUAUUCCUGUUUACAAAGUGAGAAUUUUAUAGUAUUUAUUGUAUUAAAGUACAUAGACUUUUAUAUAUUUAUUAUUGGUUUAAUUUUAACUUUAUUUUCAUAUGAAGUUUACCUUUGACUGUAUAAAUGGAAUAAAAGAAAAAAAACUAA